CCCCGGCAGGGGACAGGAGCUGCGACCACCCAGAAGGAACAUGGCUCUGAGAGCAUUUACUGUCUGAGCACCUGGGUCCCACCAGGCACCAUGCGCAAGAGAAUGGAAGGGCUUCAAAGGAGCAGAUACGGGAGUAUGGCCGAAGGCGAGAUAGAACACAAGUGGUCUGCAGCCUCGUCCUCACUGAGGAUCAUCCUGGUGGGCAAAACAGGCAGCGGGAAAAGUGCCACCGGGAACAGCAUCCUCUGCCAGCAGGUGUUUGAGUCCAGGCUGGGGGCCCAGUCGGUGACCCAGAGGUGUCAGGGGGAGACCGGCACGUGGAAUGGCAGGAGCGUCCUGGUGGUGGACACGCCCUCCAUCUUUGAGGCCAGGGCCCCGGACCGAGCGAUGUACGAGAACAUCGGGGACUGCUACCUGCUCUCGGCCCCGGGGCCACAUGUGCUGCUGCUGGUGACCCAGCUGGGGCGCUUCACCGAGCAGGACAUGGUGGCCGUGACCAGGGCGAAGGAGGUCUUUGGGGCCAGAGCCCUGAGACACAUGAUCGUCCUCUUCACCCACAAGGAGGACUUAAUGGAAGAAUCCUUGGAUGACUAUGUGGCAAACACGGACAACCUCAGGCUUAGGGCGGUGAUCCGGGAGUGCGGGCGGAGGUACUGCGCCUUCAACAACCGGGCCUCCGGGGACGAGCAGAGGGAGCAGCUGGCCCAGCUGAUGGGCGUGGUCGAGGGGCUGAAGAGGGAGCACCAGGGCGCCUUCCUCAGCAACGACCUCUUCUUUGAUGCACAGCUGCUGCAGCAGGGCGGGGGUGACGCCCGUGCAGAAGGUUACACGCGCUACCUGGCCAAGGUGCGGUCACAGGUUGCAAAGCAAACGCAAGACCUGAAAGAGGCCCAGAGAAACUGUGCCUUCAAGGCACUCCUCCGAGUCAAAAACUGGGUCAUUUUUCACAUCGGAAUAUUUGUGGUUCUUAUAUGCGUCUUGAUUUUUCUUGCCAUUUUAAUUAUCUUGCAUAUUACUCAUGUACUCUGAGCAUUUUCAGAUGAUACCUGCUAUUGGCUUCCAUUUUUUCAGAGUCAGCACUUCUGUCUGUGUUGAUAAGGAAUUUUACUUGCUUUUUACAUAAUUUUGCUUUCAAUUUUCCCUUCCUUGCACCAGACAAGCCAUCCAUUUUCUUCAGUUGCUUUUUAUUUUCCAUCCACCUGACCCAUCUAUGGAUCAGUCCAGAGCAGCCUGUUGCCCAGUGUCUGGAAACAGUUCUUUUAUGCUGGUGGACCUCAGAAAACCUGCAGGUUUGCUUACAGACCACCACAACAAAGUGCCUAUCAAAAGUGUCACACCAAGUUUUUGGUUUCCUAGUGCACAAAAAUUAUGUUUAUGCUAUAGUGUAGUCUAUUACGUGUGCAAUAGCAUGUUGUCUAAAAAACAAUGUACAUACCUGAAUUUAACAUUAUUGCUAACCAUCAUCUGAGCCUUCAGUGAGUCAUAAUCUUUUUGCCUCCAUGUCAGUGGCUGCUGACUGAUCAAGGUGGUGGUUGCUGAUGUUUGGGGUGGCUGUGGCAAUUCCUUAAGAUAAGACAGCAAUGGCGUUUGCGGCAUCAAUUGACUCUUCCUUUCACAAAUGAUUUCUCUGUAGUACACAUUGCCAUCUGAUAGCUUUUACCCACCAUAGAACUUCUUUCUAUGAAUGGGUAGAAAGAAGAAUUGCAAUCAAUCCUCUCAAACUCUGCUAUUGCUUUAUCAAUUAAAUGUAUGUAAUAUUCUAAAUCCUUUGUUGUCAUUUCAACAACCUUCACAGCAUCCUCACCAGG